UGUCUUGUGCUCUCUGUCUCUGGCCAAUGAUGACAGCGAUGGGCGGUGCAGAACCUUCAGAGCAUCGUGAACAUGGAAGUUCACGGCAUCUUGUGACCAACGUUAGCUGCGGGAUGGGCCUCCUUUGCCCACUACUUCACCUUGCUUAACAACGGCUACCCCUCCCCCACUUGAGCGUCAUGGCAUGCUACCGUAUCGUCAGCCAGCGUUCGAUGUCAAUGCCGUAAGAAACUCCGAACUGAUCUGUUUUAACGCCGUCUGAUUCUUUUCGCCGUCAUCUGUUCACCGUAUCUCUUCUCACCCACAUCUACGUUCUGAACCUAGCUUCUCCUACUCUUCUUUCCUGCUCCCUACUUGUCCACUUCCAUCUUUCAAACUUCUCUCGUCCCAUAUUAUAUCUUUCUUCGUUCAAUUGAUCAUCAUGACUACCAACGGCAAUCUGGUCAAGAAUCGUCAGCCAAACAUUGGCGUCUACACGAAUCCUGAGCACGAGCUGUGGGUUGCUGAAGCUGAACCGUCACUCGAAACGGUUGAGAAGGGCGACAGCCUGAAGCCUGGCGAAGUCAUGAUUGCUAUCAAGUCCACUGGCAUUUGCGGCUCCGACGUCCACUUCUGGCACGCUGGCUGCAUCGGUCCCAUGAUUGUUCGCGACACCCACAUCCUGGGUCACGAGUCCUCCGGCAAAAUCAUCGCCGUCCACCCAUCCGUCACGUCCCUCAAACCCGGCGAUCGCGUCGCAAUCGAACCUAACAUUCCUUGCCACUCUUGCGAACCUUGCCUCACUGGCCGCUACAACGGCUGUGAAACAGUCGAGUUUCUCUCCACGCCUCCCUACCCAGGCCUUCUCCGCCGCUAUGUCAAUCAUCCGGCUGUCUGGUGCCACAAAAUGCCCGACAGCAUGACCUAUGAAGAUGGUUCUAUGUUGGAGCCGCUGUCAGUUGCCCUUGCUGGCAUGCAGCGAGCUCAUAUCACGAUUGGUGACCCGGUGAUUGUAUGUGGAGCUGGGCCCAUUGGCCUUGUCACGCUCCUAUGCGUCAAGGCUGCAGGUGCGGAACCGAUUGUUGUCACGGACAUCGACGAAGGCAGGCUUGCCUUUGCACGCGAACUUGUCCCCGCCGUACGCACGUAUAAAGUCGAGUUUAGCCACACUGCAGAAGACUAUGCUGCAAAGAUUCUCGCGCUCACAGGUGGUGUCGAGCCUGCCGUGGCAAUGGAAUGCACGGGCGUCGAAUCUUCCAUCGCUGGCGCCAUCCAGUCCGUCAAAUUUGGCGGCAAAGUCUUCGUCAUCGGCGUUGGCAAGAACGAGAUCAAGAUUCCUUUCAUGCGAUUGAGUACGCGCGAGGUGGAUUUGCAGUUCCAGUACCGCUAUAGCAAUACAUGGCCACGCGCUAUCCGCUUGGUGGAGAGUGGCCUUGUGGACAUGCGAAAGUUGGUGACGCAUAGGUACGGCCUGGAGGAUGCGGUCAAGGCGUUCCAUACCGCGGCGGAUCCGAAGACAGGCGCUAUCAAGGUACAGAUCCAGACCCUUGAUCACGGCGAGACUUAGGCUGCUCUGUAUGGACGGAGAACGGCAUGGUUCUGAUCUGAGGAGUGUGUCAUUGGGGUUAAUUAGAUAAUAUGCGGAGCAUGGAGCACGUCUACUCUUCCAUGUACUAUAGAUCAAUGGAACUACUAGAGACUUGGGAAAUGGACGGUUCGAUGGGCUUCUUCGGAGAGGGCAAGACCUUCUUUACUAUCACAUGGCAAGGAAGCCGUGUGAAUCACC